AUGAUACCUGAUGUUGAGGUUAUUCAAAGUCCUACUACACCCGUAGAUGGACUUGAUCGUUUAGAUAUUGAUGAGGAUAGCAACCGCAAUAAUAUAAAUAAUAACCACGAUCUCAAUGGUGACGACUCCCAUCGCCUACAUAUUCAUCAUGUCCACCAUCAUGAUACACAAUAUUCACACAUAAGCCGAAAUAAUAAUCAGCGAACACUGAAACCUUUCCAAAAAUCGGCGUCUUUUUAUCGCGGUUCAGUUAUCCGUAUAGGCGAAGAACGUAAUAAACAAAAUUCCAAUGUAAUCAUUUGUGUACCAAAUUUUAAAGGUGCAUCACAUUUGAAUAUCUGUCACGAUACAAGUACACAACGUCACUCGACCACUUUUAAGAUACCUUUACCACCAACACAGGAUUCUUGUUUAGCUAAAACACUCGAUAUUCGAAUCACACAACAGUCAUCACUGCAAGACAGCGAUAUUGUUCAUCAAUCAUCACCAAUAACCAAACGACGUGAACCAGUUACUGAGAUAUCGACAAUACACAAUAUUUUUGACAAAAAUAUUCAUCAAAUAUGCUCUCAAGACCAAUCAUUACUCAUUGAGAAAUUAGUCAAUAAGAACAUUCAUCCAUCUUACCCUCAGACAUCAUCAACAAUCGAGAAAUUGGUCGAUCAACCUCUUCAUUCUGCAUAUCAGCAACAAGAAACACCGGCAGCAACAACCAUUCAAACUUUACACGACAAAGAUAUUCAGUCACACUCAUCUCUUUGCGCAAUACGAUCAACAAAUGAAAAACACGCUCAUAAAAACAUUCGGUCAACGUCAUCUGUUCCUGCUGUUUCUAACAUGAUGACAGAGAAAGUUAGUGGUCGAUUUGUGACCAGCUUAAGAGCAAUUAGUCGAGCAUUCAAAGGUGGUAAACAACGACGAUCAACAAAUAUUAUGACGAGCUCAAAACAGCCAGAAAUACCAAUAACAUUAGAGGGUAUGAGUGGAAUUCUACCCGAUAUCGAAGUAAUACCACCGUACUUAGAAACUUCUGAAAGAAUGUUUUGUAAUCAAACGUCUAAGAUAUCAUUAGCGAAACAGCAACAACAUCAACGGUCCAAUUUUUUGUGUGCCACCGCUAAACAAUCACUAUUCAGAUCGAAUGACUCAUCGUUCAUGAGUGAACCAAAUAAAAACAUAUACGAUAUAUCGAGUUCGCACAAAGUUUCUGUGGAAGAACGACGUAAUCCUGAUGUAAACUCAGAUAAUAUCUCACUUGAAGUCGAUCUGCCAAAAUUGACUGCACCAAAAAUUACAUUUGGACGACAAAGAAAAGAUAAAAAGUGUAGUAGAAAAACUUUUAGAAUUCCAACAACAUCAGCCAGUUCAUAUGAAACAUCAACUAUAUCAAAAUUAGUGGAGAAAAAUAUUCGUAGCGUACAGAUUGCUAAAAAUAUAGACUCAUCCAACUUAGUUACACACAGACCGUUAUUCGAUGUACAAGCAAUGCGUCCGAUGACAGAUAGCAAGAAACGGCGAUCAUCCAAAUAUCUAGCACCAGAAAAUGAUCAUAAACGAAUGAGCGAUGAUAAGCCAUAUAACGUCACUAACAAGGAUGUAUCCAAUCUGGUAGUGACAACAUCUCGAACAGAAUCAGAAUAUUCAUCCACCGAUCGUUAUAGUACUAUAACUGGAAUUGUGCAAGAAUUUCGCGGCAAUAGGGAUGUAUUAUUAGUCAAUCAAACGCCUCAAACAAGUAGUCAGAAUUAUAAUGCAUCAAAGACAAACUUAUUUAAUCACUGUCAUGAAGACUGGUCACAGGAAAAAAGUGUUCUAUCAGAUACCGACGAGGAAAAAUGUAUUAAAGUUCGAAAUCAAUUUCAUGGGCAAACGUCGAUGUUCCAACCGAAUAUUAGCGUGAUAAGAGUAGGUAUCAGUCCAUCAGGCGGACGAAUAACACCGUUGAAUACAACCAGUGGUUAUUCAGGCGAUAAACAGAAAUCGUCUCAAUAUACGCGGAAAAAUCAGCGUGUGUUAAGUGACCAACAUAUUAAUGAUAAUGUUCCUCGUUCAGCAAGGGAUACUGCUCGCACAUGGAGUGUACCAUCACUCGAAACAUCAAAUUGUUAUAAAUCAUCGCAUCAUAAGCAGCAAACAGAUUUAUCCGAUAGUAUUCAAAUAGAUAAUGGUAUUAAAAUUGAUGUGUGCUUGAGACCAUUAAUUUCUGUUGAUAUCGAACAAAGGAAUAGUUAUGAAAGAGAAAAUUCUAAUGGUGUUGUGUGUCAACAAGAUUCAAAUGAUAUUACUGUUCAGCAUACUAUUGAACAACCCGGCAUAUAUGAUGAACAAUAUGAAGUCACCUAUGAAGUUGAACGCACUCCAUCCGUGCUAAGUCAAAAAGACAAGAGCUUUUCAUCAUACAAUAAAAUCAAACUACAAAACGAAAAUCAUCUUCUGUCGA